CAGUGUCAAGAUGGCGGACGUCGACGCGAAAAGGCCGAAGUUGCAGUUCGCAGGGUCGUCGGAGAAGCUCUACUCGGACUCGGCCGAGGACGUGGCGUCCGCCUCCAACUUCCGACACGUCACGGUCAACAACUACCACCUGGACUUGGACGUGGACUUCAGCACAAAGACGAUCCGCGCCUCGGCUGUGUUGGACCUGCAGUGCCUGCAGCCAUGUGCCGAAGUAAUUUUGGACUCCCACGCGACCCUCUCCAUCCACGGUGUCCGAGUCACCUACAAGGACGGCCGCAGCACCAGCGACCAGCCCCCGGUGACCUUUGACACGCGACCCUUCACCUUGUACGGCGCUGCGCUGCACGUGUGUCUGCCGUCGGCGGUGAGUCCCGGGGAGGAGUUCCAGCUGGAGUUCAGCUACACGGCGGGGCAGGGGCCGGCCAUGUGCUGGCUGGAACCCAAGCAGACUGCUGGUAAGAAGCAGCCGUACCUGUUCACCAUAGGCCAGUCAGUCCUGAAUAGAUCCAUGUUCCCUUGUAUUGACACCCCGGCCAUUAAGUCUACUUACUCUGCACAAGUUAAGGUUCCUCCAGGGUUCACUGCUGUGAUGAGUGCCUCCUCUCGUACGGAGGGACCAGAACCUAACACCACCCACUUCAGAAUGGAACAUCCCAUCCCUGCCUACCUCAUCGCGCUGGCGGUGGGGGACAUCGCAUCAGCUGACAUUGGGCCUCGCAGUAAAGUCUGGACUGAACCAAGUGUUCUGGAGAAGGCAAAGUCAGAGUUUGAGGGGGUUGUGGAAGAGUACAUCCAGGUCGCGGAGGGUCUAUUCGGCCCGUACGUGUGGGGACAGUACGACAUCCUGGUCAUGCCUCCAUCCUUCCCGUACGGCGGGAUGGAGAACCCCUGUCUCACCUUCGUCACCCCGUGUCUGCUCGUCGGGGACAAGUCGCUGACAGAUGUCGUCAUGCAUGAACUGUGCCACAGCUGGUUUGGGAACCUGGUAACUAAUGCCAACUGGAGUGAGUUUUGGCUGAAUGAGGGUUUUACCAUGUUCUCCCAGCGGCGUGUGUGUGCCACGGUGCUCGGGGAACCCUACAAGUGUCUGGAGGCUGCCACGGGGCAGGCCCUGCUCCAGAACCACAUAACCACCGUAGGGGAGAACCACCCCCUGAACUGCCUGCGAGUGAAGAUAGAGAAGGGGGUGGACCCAGACGACACGUAUAAUGAGACCCCGUAUGAGAAGGGCUGUGCCUUCGUCAGCUACCUUCAGCACUGUGCAGGAGGGGAUGAGAAGUUUGACCAGUUCUUAAAGGCAUAUAUUAGCAAGUUUAAGUACAGGAGUGUUGUAGCAGAGGACAUGUUGGAGUUUUAUCUGGACUAUUUUCCACAUCUCAGGGAACAGGACCUCAGGAACAAGCCAGGUUAUGAGUUUGAGCGCUGGCUGACCACCCCAGGCUGGCCGCCGUUUGUCGCUGACCUGUCACCGGGGCAACAGCUGACCCGCCCGGCCGAGCAGCUCGCAGCUCAUUGGGCAGGGGACCAGAUGGAGGAGAAUCAGGAGGUGAUGACCGACAUCUCAGACUGGAAGACGUACCAGAUUGUCCACUUCCUGGACAAGCUGGUGGAGCGACCCAAGCUGACCCACGACACCAUCCAGGCCCUGGCCGCGGCGUACCCCAACAUCGCACAGUCUCACAAUGCUGAGCUUACGAUGAGAUGGUCCAUGCUGAUCAUCAAGAACAACUUCAUCUCUGACCUGCCCAAAGUCAGGGCCUUCCUGGAGAGCCAAGGGAAGCAGAAGUACACCCUGCCCAUCUACCGUGCCUUGAAGGCGGGAAGUCCUGAGACUCAAGACUUUGCUAAAGAAGUGUUCGAGGCAACCAAAGACACCCUCCAUGUCAACGUCCGUACUUAUGUACAGAGGAUCCUGAAUGCUUAGACCAGAAAUGUCUAAACGUCUGUUACUUUAGAAGCCUUUACAUGCCCGCAGCCAGGGGGGGUUCGGAA